CAGAAAGGUACAACAUCAAUGCGAUUACUCCAGAAACAGAAGAAUGGACCUGUAAGGUUCAAGUAGUUGAUAAAGGCAGACCUAGAGACAACAGAGAGAAAACGAAAAAGUAUCAACUGAUGGUUUUACAAGAUGAAAGAGGAAAAUCAAGUCGACUGCAUUAUAUUCAAUGCGGAGAGAUUGCAUUUUGAAGAUCUGUUUCGCCCUUUCCAUACUUACUUGGUGUCAGUUGCACAAGUCAAAGAAUCAAACUAUAUGUAUGGAAAUCCACUUAACAGAUUUACAUGGACAACUGAUAGGUGUACCAUUGUUGAGCCAAUAGAAACUGUUAAUCCUCCAGAAGAUCCACUACCGCCGCCAACGCGCCUAAAUCUUACACCAUUUGGCAACUUUGAAUAUCAACCCGAGGGAUCUGAAUUCGAUGUGCUUGCCAUUGUGCUCAACGCCAGCCCCUCAACAUAUGCUUCAAAUGGGAGGAGAAUUCAAUAUUUUAUCAUCAUGGAUGAUCAGUAAGUAUACAUAAACCUGU